AUGCAGGUGGAGUUCGAUGCCACGUGUGUGCGUACGAUCCGUAUUUCCGCAAAGUCGAAGACCUACAGCUCUUUGGUCCAAGAGUGGAAGGACAGACAUCCUCGCAGGGCGCCUCCUCCGUCCUUCCUCUUGUACUUGCGUGUGUUCGGGGCCAAGGAAAGAGGCAGUCAGAAGAUGGUCAUAGCUCAGGCGCCCUUGACUUUAGUUCCCAAAGGAGCGAAGCCUCCUCCGGAAAGCGUGCAGGAAGUUCUUGACAGUGAGCUCUUCAGCAGGACACAGCGGAAGUCUAUCUGCUAUGCUGAUGGUGCUCGUGCGUGGCCAGCAGCUGCGAAGCAGGUGCGCAAAGGCUUCAAAUUCAAGCAAGUCUCCCACGUCAGGUCCCAGUUUACCAAGAAGACACGAAAGUACGUGUAUGGAACCCAAACCUUGGACCGUGCUUGGAUGUGGAUGAAGCGAUUCCUAGGCCAUGGAUUGAAGAGCAGAGUGCGAGAUCAGGUCAACCCGGCUCUUUUGCACAAGUGUUUCCAGUUCGUGUGGAGGCACUGCAAUUCUGUUUCCUGA